UCUUUUCUUGCCCUUUGUCGUCCUUUGUCUUCUAAAAACAAGUCUUCCGCCAACUCGUCUUGAAUCAAGACUCCUGAUUGACGAAGAUUGAUUAAUAAUUAACUAAAAAGAUUGGAAUAUAAAAUGGCUGCUCGUCGUCGCCACUUUUCAACUCCAUCGACGGCCUCCUCGUCGGACGAUGAUGACAGUGAUUACGCAUACCCAAAGGAAAUUAAGCGUCCGAAAUCCUUGGGCAACCUGCUCUACCAAUAUGCGCAAAAUACCGACUCUACCACCGACCUUACCAUUCUCGUUGGUCCAAAUAGUGUUCCUGUUCCUGGGCACAAAUCUGUCUUCAUUGUCAUGUCGGAAGUUUUUGCGACCCAGCUGGACAAACAGUGUUGGAAUGAGGGAAUUAGUAGACAGGAUGAAAAGAUGGUCAUCCGAUUUCCAGAAGAUGUUGGGGAGGAUAGUUCCCGAGCAUUUAUCAAGUAUCUAUACACUGAAGAAUUCGAGCCCUCUUUUGUCAACACACGUCAUUUGUCACCUUCCGAACAAGAACAUCUCAUUUUGGAGGUCAUGGCCUUAGCAGAUUUAUACCUUGUGAAAGGACUCCUAGAGCUGUGUGAUCAGAAACUGUCUAUCCGACUUGGACAAGAUAACUGUGUCCUCAUAUAUGAGCACGCUAAACGUUACAGCGCAGUUACAAGUAUUGCACAUCGAGCUUACAAGUUUUUCAAGAGGAACAUUUUCAUUCUAGUCAAUGACAUCCUGGGUCCCAGGAGGAAGAAAUUUGACUGGACGGCAGAUACUUGGAGGGCGUUAUUACAAGAAGACUAUCUCAUAUUUGUGACCGAGAUUAGUUUGUUUAGAGCAUUGUUGGUGUGGAAGGAUCAGGAUCCAGAAUCGCGAUUCGAAGAUUUUAAGGAGUUGGCCAAAUUCAUUCGUUAUCCGUUAAUGACGCAGAGCGAGUUUUCGCAAUACGUGACUCCUUCGAAGGCUCUUGAUCCAGAAGAUGUAAUUGACAUUUUUGUGAUGUUUAGUUCCAGGGAAUCUGCCAAUUGUUCUAAAGAUGUGAUGACGCGACUAGAACGAUUCAAUAGUACUCCCAGACGAAGGAAAAUUGCUAGUUCAUCCAGAAAAUUGAUGAAAUAUCUAUCAUCUGCAUCCCCGGAGGAUAUCAUUAUUUUGAAGGAGAUGACAUAUGAAGGGAUUUUUAAUAUGGAAUCGAACGAUGUUACAAUCCUAGGAGCUGGAAUUGGAAAAACCACACUACGCAGUCCCAAAACAUCCCAUCCAAAACCAAUUCUUUGCAUUUUUGGCACUAACUGCAAUGUAGAGAAUUUGUCAAUCCUCACAUCAAAAAUAAAAAAUGGGAGAACAACCAUCGUGAUGCAGGGAUCGUCAAAUUCCUUAAAAAAUGUGGAAAUUGGUGUUCAUCCAAUUGAAAUAGAACAUUCUGCGAUUUCUGGUGACGAUACUUUUGAGAGUAUUGAUUCCGUAUCCGUGAUAUCAAUCGAUUCUGACGAUGAAUAUUUCAUUCCAAUGGCACCAAGAUCAGAUGAAGUUGGCGACAGCAGCGGUACCAGCAGCUAUGACGCUGAAAAUCAUUGCUAUUACGGAUGUUUAAUUGAAGGAAACAGGAAUAUCAUUUCCAAUAUUUCCGUUAGUGGACACUCGAAGGGCAUCUACCUUAACGGCUGCGACAAUCAAUUUACCAAUGCCGAAAUUACGGAUUGUGAAGUAGGAAUUUGCGUACUUCAGUACAGGAACCGUUUGGAGUCCGUUACCAUCAACAACGUCAAAACUGGAAUUAAUCUACAAGGGCAUGAAAGCCAACUGAGAGGUAUCAAAUUCGUCUACCCAUUGAUUCCAGAUAAUGAGGUGGAGGGUGCGAUUUGUGCCGUGAACAUGAUGGGUUGUGGUCAUAAGAUUGAGGAUGUUAAAUGCCAAGGAUUGGAGGAUCGCAACACACGCUGGAGUGUCGACAUGACCUUAUGUACUUCUAGUUGCAGCAUCACAAGCUGUGGACCUGGCCAGGUCACAGUUCGGGGUUUACGAAACAGAUUGGUGGAUGUGAAGUCGGCCAAUUGUCUCAAUGUCUUUGGAGCUGAACACACUUUUGAUCUCUGUGAAGCAAAUACGUUAGUUUUAGGACCAGGUUUACGCAAGAAUUGUUUUCGCUUUUCUGAGUGUCGUUUUCAAAGUGAAUUUUGAGAAGACAUUCUAUUUAAAAAUUUUAGUUUUGAAAAUAGAUGUAUUAAGUUUUAUUGUUGAACCACAAAAUAAUUUUCAUUGCUUUAUUAUCAGAUUUCAUUUGUAAAGGGUGGUCAGAGUUUGCCUUUAAAAAAUUACAAGUAUUCCAUGCCUUAUUAUCGAACUUACAACCUGAUUAAAUAAAAAUAAAUUACGAAAAACAAAGAAAA